UUGCAGAUUUGGUGUGUGGUUCUGGUGUUUGUGAGUCAGGUUUCAGAAAUUGUGUUACAAGUAAAGAUUUUGUGUGUAAGCAGUUGGAAAAAAAAUCUAGGCUAAUAUCAACUAAUAAAAUUAUUCACUCAGCAACAUUAUGUUAGCACCAGCAAAAUUGAUCAUAAACACCACAACAAACGGAACGGUCAUUUUUGGGCAUUUUUUAAACGUUUUAAAACACUCGCAGAAAGUUUGUCCACGGUGUGCGGAGCUAAAAAGAUGAAUUUCAAUGCGGAGGAUCACUAUCGGUCGGCUUUUAAAGAACGACUCUCAUCAGGUAUAAAGGAUUUGGAGAAGGAUUCGGCGAAUAUGAGGACAAGCGCGAUGCUACUUGCGGAGGCGCGCGAGGAGAACGAGAUAGUGAACAGAGCACUGGAAGAUCAGGAAAAGGAGUUGCAGAUAAGGCGGGAGCGUUUGAGAGAAAGAGCGGAAAAUGUGAAAAAAGAAGAGGAGAAACUCAGGCAGUACAAACUGGAUACUGCUAAGGAGCUGCAAGAAAAUGAGGCCAGACGGUUACGUGCCAUACAAAAGAGAAAGGAAGAGGAAGCUAAAAUCAAAGAGAAAGAAGAGAACAUUAAGAAACUAAUGACACAGUAUGAAGCCCUGCUGGCAGAUAAAGAGCAACUGGACCAGCGUAAACUACUGGCCAAACUCCACCAGGAGAGCACUGCAAAGAUGCAUGGAAAGUUUGAGAACACCGGUCGACACCGUGACUGUCAUGGAGCGCAGUCCAUCAGAAAGGAAAUUCUAGAAAGACAAGCUAAUGAGAAAAAGGCAGAGCACAAAAAGCUGGAACUGAUGAAGGACAUAAAGGAACAGCAAACUCGUCUCCUGCACUACACCAAACAACUGCAGCAGCAACAGACAGAGCUCGACAACAUACGCUCAGAAACACACAAAUGGGAACUGAAACGGGAGGAAUUGCGUUCUACUGCAGAAAGAGAGGAGCUCCAGCACGCUCAGAUAAAGGUCAGGAUUCGUUCCAUUUAUCAAAUAAUCGCACCUUACUGGAGAGAGUCUGUGGAUAUUGAGGACCCCUUCAAGCAGCUGCAACUGAUUCGGAAACAUUUUCAGCUUGUGAGAGCUAUAGCUGAAGAUCGAAAUGUUAUGACGACGCCGUCAGGUGGAACUGAAGAGGACGACAGACAGCAGAGAUUAAGAUCCAAGCUCUGAAGAUGUAUGCAAAAACAGCCAGAUGCGCCUAAACUAAAUAUAAAUCAUCAUCUGACCACCCUUUUGACAAUAUUGUGCACUGUGAUGGGAAGAUUAAUUGAUUAUUAAUUUAUUUUAUUAUUUUUUGUCUUAAUUUGUUAUAAAGGAUUGACUAAUUAAAACUGUUAUUGGUUUGAGAAGUGCAUAAUACAUACAUACAUAUAUUAAAAUAUAAUAAAUAAUUUAAGUAAUAAUAAAAAUAAAUAAUUAAAACAACAUUUGCAUAGUAAUUUCUUUCAGCAUGAAUUAACAAAGUCACAUGGUGUAAUGUAUAAGAUAAUAACACUUUCCUCACCUUCAAUAAAUGUCUGUUCAAUCUUAGGCUAAUCGUUUUCAAACAAAAAUAAAAUAAUUUUCAUUUUCUUUUUUUCAUGGUAAAAAUGCUCAUUUUUAAGAACCAUAACAGUCAAGCAGUUGAGAUUUGUACAGUAUAUCGCUUAAUAUGCUCAUGUCACAAUAAGUACUGCAAUGACCUGCACAUCUUAAAGAC